AUGGAUAGAUGGAGACCUGAGACCAAUACUUUCCACUUCCGGAUAGGCGAUGCUACCAUUACUCUACAAGAUGUAGCCGUGAUACUCGGUCUCCGUAUAGAUGGUCCGUGCAUUACCGGCACUGAUAGUGAUGUAUGGCCUCGAAGAUGUGAGGAGUUGUUAGGUGUAGCUCCAGAGACUAUGCCUAGAGGAACUAUUAAGUUGAAGUGGUUGAGAGAGACCUUCUCAGUACCGUUGCUUGUUGAUGCCCCACAAAUUUUGGUUGACCAACAUGCACGUGCAUACAUUAUGCACAUGAUUGGUACUAUAUUAUUUCCAGAUUCAAGUAAAAAUAAAGUGCAUGCGAGGUGGUUACCACUCCUCGAGGACUUGGACGUAUGUGAUACAAAAUCGUGGGGUAGUGCUGUUUUGGCGUAUUUAUAUAGAGAGAUGUCAAAAGUGGCACUUAUGCAAAACAGUGAGCUUAAAGGGUGUCUAAGCUUAUUGCAAGUAUAG